AGUUACUCUAUGAUUACAUUAAACCGCAAAGCGAAAUGGACACUCGCGCUGAAAUGACACUCACAUUUAACAUUACUACGAUAUCAACAAAGCCUGUACAGCUGAAUCAUUUCUGAAUUGCUUAAUAGAAGGGGUCUCACCUCCCUUUAAGAACUACUUUUAUAAAUUUAAUUCCACAGCAACUCCAACCAACCAGCUGGAGAAACACGUGUGCUCGAAUUGACGUUUUUUUCCUGGCGACACACUGAAUUAACGUCAUCGCCCAUCGACAAGGUUAUCUGACAACAGUGAAAGAUGCACAUGUGAGACAAGUUUCAUUCACAAAAAAAACAAAGCAGACUCGGACUUUGUUAUGAUAAAAAUUUGAAGCGACCCUAAAUAAUCAAUCUUCUACUUGACAGCCUUGCUGUCCUAAAAUAGGUACUCGAGAUGUUUUUUUGAAGACCAUUUGAGACGUGAUGGGGACAGAAACACACAGUGAGUUACAGAUUUUUAUAAACAGAACGGAAUUUUAUAUAUAAAAUAAACGCACUUAUAGCUUUGUAUUGCGUCUAGUUACCGUCCCAUCACGCAUAUGGAAAUCAGUGUGACACCGAUAUUAAUUCUGCUUUAAGUUAACUGUACAUCUGUGCCCGGUUUUAAGAUGUUUUGUUCGGGUGCUAGAAAGUGUGUACUAAAUUUGAUGUCCGCUUUAAAACUACUGAGAAGUCACACAGCAAGCACAGCGGGCUGCAGGUUUUUUGCUACCAAACGAGGAGUGACCAGCGCUGGUGAUGGCAAGCAGGAAACGGUUAUAAGGAUACCACGACAGAUGCAGGCGCGCAUUGACAACGUCAAACAGAUUAAAGGCAAAAGGCUGGAGAAAGUCAGCACCACCAAAGCCGGGAAACUGCUUAUUGUUAGCAAACAUUCCAAACUGAACCAACCUGCGAGUUACACUCUGGGGAAAUUCGAUCGACCGCACCUUGCUUCUGAAGGAUGGAAGCACAAUAAAUCAUUUGGGGACUUUUUCACCAUCAACAGCACUCAGAAGGACCUCCCUUUCGUCACAGUAUCAGGAGGCAAGGAAGGAGAAGAGAAGGGGGUCGAAAAAGCUGUAACUUUUAAAUCCUUGGGGCUCUGCCAGGAAUUAACAGAAGCAUUGCAGGCUAUGGGUAUUGUUUACCCGACCACAGUCCAGCUGCAGACCAUACCCAAGCUGUUGAAAGGAAAGAAUGUCCUGUGUGCUGCUGAAACCGGGAGCGGAAAAACGUUGUGCUACUUGCUGCCCCUUAUCCACAAGCUGAGUCUCAACCGCUACGAAAGGGAAUCAAACAGCCAGGCACCCCAGAGUGUUGUGCUUGUACCGUCCAGGGAGCUUGCCGACCAGGUCAAAGCCGUCGCCAAGUCUUUGGGCGCACCUUCAGGACUGGUGGUGAGAAACGUUGGGGGGGGCAGGGGGAUUGGCAACGUCAAGCUGGCGUUCUCCGGCGGUGCCCCGGACAUUUUGAUCGCCACCCCUGGCGCCUUGUGGAAAGCACUCCGGAGGAACUACGUUGAUUUGAGCGACCUGAGCUGCUUUGUCAUGGACGAGGCGGACACCUUGUUUGACGAAAGCUUUGCAGAGCUGGUGGAAAGCAUCCUGCUCCAAACGCAGGUGGCAUCAGACCCGUCGGAAACCGUUGGCCUGGGCAGGAAAGCCCAGCUGGUUGUGAUUGGCGCCACCUUCCCUGGAGGCGUUGGAGAACUGCUAAAGCAAGUCACCGAUUUGGGGAGCAUCGUGACAGUGAAAAGUAAGAGGCUGCACCACCUCAUGCCACACGUGAAGCAGGCCUUCCUGAAGGUGAGAGGAGCUGACAAGCUGGUGGAGCUGCUGCAGAUCAUACGAACCCCAGCAGCUGCAGACAGGGAUGGUGCAGGUGUGCUUGUCUUCUGCAACAGUGCCUCCACAGUCAAUUGGCUUGGGUACCUCCUGGACGACCACGGUGUGAAGCACGCACGGUUGCAAGGACAGAUGCCCGCUGUAAUGAGGGCAGGCAUUUUUAAUACUUUUCAGAAGGGCCUGGUUGACGUUUUAGUCUGCACAGACAUCGCAUCCAGGGGGCUGGAUACACAGAGGGUGAAGACGGUGAUCAACUAUGACUUUCCUCCUUCUCACACAGACUACCUCCACCGGGCUGGGCGGGUGGGCCGCAUGGGGAGCAAGUCCCCGGGCAGCGUGGUUAGUUUCGUCACCCACCCCUGGGACGUGGAGCUGGUGCAGAAGAUCGAAACUGCGGCUCGGAGGAGAGCCAGUCUCCCCGGCAUGGAGUCUGCAAUCCACCAGCCUUCUCCCAAAGCACAUUUAACACAGUUUGAUUCUGAUGUUAAAACGGAAUAAACUUUGUGCAAGAUUU